AGCUGCUUCUGGUUUCUGCUUUUCUUAACUCGUUUGUGUAAAAAAGCAGAAGCACUUUUAAGAAGCUGAGAAUGCUAGCUUCUCUCUCACAGCUUCUGCUUCUUUUCCAAACACUUUAUUAACUUUUUUACUUCUCACUUCUAAUCCACUUCUUCACUUUAAGCACGGAAUCACUUUUUUUAAGCUUGGCCAAACGGCCCCAUUGUUACCAAUAUUUUUAGUUGCACGACUCCUGACUUUUUCUGUGCAACUGUUAUGAAUCUUCCUCCAGAGUCCAGGCUACAAAUUAAUCUGAUAUAUAUAAACCUCAGCGUGCAAAGUGUCUUGAUAUACAAGAUUAUCUAUUCAGUAUCAAGUCCUGCUCUCUACUCUAUAAUGGAAAUAGCUCUCAGUCUCUUCCUUUUCCUGUGCCUUUUAGGUGCUCAGAGUUCAACUGAUUUUCAAAUACAUCAGUUUGGUCCUGAUGAUGCUCAUAUUUUCUAUCAAGGAGAUGCAAUAGCUUCUGUUGGAGCAGUUGAAAUGAUCAAUAGGAGGACGUACCAGUCUCGUGUUGGUCGAGUCACAUAUGCAGGGCACGUGAGGAUAUGGGAUUCUGACACUGGAAAGCUUUCAGAUUUCACUUGUCAUUUUACCUUUACCAUUGACACGGCGUCUCUUCCCUUUUAUGGUCAUGGUCUUGCAUUCUUUCUUGCUCCUGUUGGUUCUCAGAUCCCUCUCAACUCAGCAGGGGGAUUUCUAGGACUCUUUAACACGAGUAACAGUGACUCUGGAGAUGGUAUCGUCGCGGUUGAGUUUGACUCUUACGCGAAUCCUGAGUGGGAUCCUCCAUAUGAGCAUGUAGGAAUCAACAACAACUCAAUUAAUUCAUCAGUAAUCACCACUUGGAAUGCUUCAUUGCAUAGUGGAGAUACUGCUGAUGUGUGGGUUUUGUAUAAUUCUACUAACAAAACGCUGUCUGUCUUUUGGUCCUACAAAGAAAAUCUUGAUUUUCAGAAAAAUUCUAGUCUUUCUUAUCAAAUUGACCUCAGAGAGGUUCUACCCGAGGUCACCACUGUCGGAUUUUCAUCCUCUACAGGUCAGAAUGGGGAACGAGCUAUCCUUAAAUCGUGGGAGUUCAGUUCAUCUUUAAGUAUAAAAAGGAGGGACACAGAGCAGGGCAAAGUUAUAGUGUCUACAACAGUGACUGUUGGGGUGUUUCUCUCUCUGACAACAUUAAUACUCUUUAUGUUUAGGCGAAAACAAAGGGCAAGAAAAGCAGCCGAGAAUUUGACGUCAUUCACCGGUGACUUUGACAAAGCAGGACCUAGAAAAUUUUCAUACCAAUCUCUCGCUGUUGCUACCAACAACUUCUCAGCUGAGCGUAAGUUAGGCCAGGGAGGCUUUGGCUGUGUUUACAAGGGAUACCUCACGGAUCUUCAUAUACCAAUUGCUGUGAAAAAGAUUUCAAGGGGAUCUAGACAGGGCAAAAAAGAAUAUUUAACUGAGAUCAAAAUUAUUAGCAGGUUAAGACAUCGAAAUAUAGUUCAGCUCAUAGGUUGGUGCCAUGAUCAGGGUCAGUUCUUACUUGCUUAUGAAUUCAUGCCAAAUGGAAGCCUUGACGUUCACCUUUUUGGCAAUAAGAGUUCUCUUGUCUGGCCUGUUAGAUACAAGAUAACACUUGGUCUUGCAUCUGCUUUGCUCUAUCUUCACGAGGAGUGUGAGCAAUCUGUGGUGCAUCGAGACAUCAAAUCCAGCAAUAUAAUGCUGGAUUUAAACUUCAACCUCAAGCUUGGAGAUUUUGGCUUAGCUAGACUUAUGGACAACGAGCUAGGGCUUCAGACGACCGGGUUGGCUGGAACUUUUGGUUACUUGGCACCAGAAUAUAUAAGCAGUGGCAGAGCUAGUAAAGAGUCAGACAUCUAUAGCUUUGGUGUAGUUAUUUUAGAAAUUGUUACCGGAAGAAGGUCUAGGGAUAUACUCAAGAAUGGAGAAAACGAAUGGGGAUUGUUGGAGUGGGUUUGGAAUAUAUAUGGAAGUUCAGGACUUCUUUCAGCUGUGGAUGGAAGAUUAAAUUCUGAGUUUGACGCGGCACAAGUGGAGUGUUUGAUUGUUGUAGGACUAUGGUGUGCUCAUCCUGACCGGAAUAUGAGGCCAUCAAUUAGGCAGGCAAUCCAAGUACUUAACUUUGAGGGGGAGAUGCCAAGUCUUCCUACAACGAUGCCCGUUGCCAUUUAUCAUGCACCCUUAAAUGUACCGGUGGCUAGCUCUACUAAAGCUUCUAUUACUUGCACAAGCAUUGAUGUCGGGCGUUAACAAAUUAGUAUGCAGAUAGGCUUUGAGAGACAAUUCCCCGCGGGGAACUCCUCCCGUGUCUAGAUCAAGUUUGUUUUCUUUCACCUUCAUGAAAUGCUGGCUGAUUAAAUAUAUAUUCUGCACAGGUGCUUGUGAGUUGUGUGUGUGUGUCUGCAUGUAUGUGUAUCAGUUUAUUCAUAUAUGAAUAUUGUACUGCAAACUGUGUGCUUGUUGUCCUUAAAAGUAUUCAUAUAUUGGUUCAAUUUUGAAACGAGCGAUUAAUUUGAUUUUGAUAUUUAUCCUGAA